AUGGAGGAUAUUGAGGAAAAUAUUGAACAAAAUUUAGAAAAUGAGGAAUUGGAGGAGAAUGAAUUGGAUAAGGAGAAUGAAUCAGAGGAGGAUGAAUUGGAUAAGGAGAAUAAAUCAGAGGAGGAUGAAUUGGAAGAGGAGUGUGAAUCAGAGGGGGAUGAAUUGGAGGAGAAUGAUUCAGAGGAGAAUGAAUUAGAGGAGGAUGAAUUAGAGGAGGAUGAAUUAGAAGAGG